UUUCUCACUCCUCUUGUAGAUUCAUUCUGUUCAGUUCUCAUUUUAGUGCUCAGGCAGCCUGAACUUAGUUGUUUUACAUCUGUAGAUUUCUAAAAUGUUUCCAGUGGAACUGUAGAUUACUCUAAAGGGAGUUGAAGCCUGCAAACAUCAUGUUUCCUAGCUACACAAGCUUGGUAGGCUGUGUAUACAUGAUACAUAAACCAUUUACAUUAAUGUAGGAUGAAGGCAUUAAAUCAUUUUCUUGAGAAUGAAGCCCUUGAAGAGUCCAUAUUUCUUACAGAGUGCGAGUAAAUGAUCUUGAAUGCUCCCAUAGCAGACAAGAUAGGCAAGCUUACUAGCUUCAGCUGCUGAAGAAGACACACCUACCCCAAUCUUAUAAGCUUUGGUUGACAACACAAGUGACUCCUCCAGUAAGCAGCAUCCACUUUUUAUGGUAGUAUGAUGGUCAACAAUAAUGACUCAAUAGAUGACUUGGGCCAUGACCAAGAUUUUCUGCAUGCAAGGCAAUUAUGUUAUUUGGACAACUCUGAUUUGCUUCCUCAGAAGUUGGUUUGCAGUGUAACUGAGACUGGAAUUAAUGAUGCAGGUGGCACCCUAGAAACGUUGAUUCCUCCUCUGCUCCCUGCCUCACAGCCUGGAAUGAAUCAGAGUGCUUCCACUGACAAAAACAUGGAGCAGACUGCAGGGCAGCAGGAUGGAGCACUGAGGCUGCAGAUGGAGCAGCUGCAGAGGCUGGUGGCUGAACAGCAGAAAAUCAUUGCGCUUUACAACCCAGGUUUUUCUGUUUCUCCUGUGAUACCUUCCCAUCUAGUAGCCACGAUGUCAUCCCUUCCAUGCUUUCCUGCUACUUUAUCUCCUGCCCAGUUGCCACCCAAAAAUUCUUCACAAGUUGAGAGCCCAGGAUGCUUAGAGACCUCCCCAUCAGCAGUGCCUUCUGCCCUGCAGAGCAGCUUCCCACCAGUGGUGCCAAACGAGAGCAGUUCAGAAAUCUCAGGAGAGCACCUGCAGCUGUCAGAUUCAGGGAUAAGCACAGAGCCAUUGCUUCAGAGUACUGAGAUCCCCACAAAACAGCUUUCCAGACAAGAUGCUCAGGAAGAAAUCAGAACAAAAAACAAAGAACAAACAGAACAAAUGAAGGAGAUUCCUCCAUUUCCCUUCAGCACAAAGGUAGAGACUGGAAACCUAGGAAACAGGCCAAUCACAGCAGAAAUAGAUACUAGACAGAAGACUUCUGAAAAAUGUAUUGACCAGCUUCAGGUAGACACUCAGUUGACAGAAAAACAGGAGCAGAAGCAGCAGAGCAAGGCAAAAGGAACACCUCGGAAGACUUUUCUAAAGCGAAAAGAAGGUACUAUAAGGGUCAAAAAAACUAAACAGAAGCCUUUAAAAGAAGUGAGCAAGCAUUCCAGAACUGAUGUGGAGCACUGGAGUCUUUUCUCCCAGCCUGGACAAAUGGAUGCAGGGAUACUGCAGCCAAGGGAAUAUCCUCAUGUAAAUCUGCAGAUCAGCAGCUCCAUGCAUAUGGGUACACAUGGAAAAAAAGCAAAUUGUGCUUUAGCUGAGAAGGGAAUUAAGGCUCAGACUUACUGUGAAGUGAAAGUACAGGAGCAAAGUGCAGAAGAAAAAGUAGUGAUUAAAAGAGAUAAAGAUGCUUUUGGCUCACCUCAUAUGAAGUGGACUGAAAUCCUGAACUCAUGUCCUGAAACAACAGAAAUGAACCUACAGUUAGGUGGGGAAAGUGAAACUAAUCACAGGGAUUCUGUAAAGCAAGCUGAUAGAACUGAUGAAAGACUUGUGGAGGGUAUCCUGCAAAUAGACCUAGGUAGAGCAAAUCAGCUUCUACAGGGUGAGCUCAGAGAGGAAGAAAAAAGCCCUUUAGAAGUCCUGCAAAAGUGUUCUACACUUCAGGAUAUAGAAUCAGAAUGCAUGAGGAAAGCAGAGUGGAGUGCAGUCCCUGCAUUCAUACAGGGCCAGAAGCAUGUGCAGGUAUGCCCACAAGUACUUGUUUCAGGAAGCCAGAGCCCAGAAAGCAAAGGACAAAUCCACACUGGUUUUAAGAAGAUCAAUGAUAAGAUCAUAAAAAUUACUUGUAAUUCGCUUGAGGCUAUGGAGCAAGAAAGCUCAUCCCAGCAGGAAUGGCAAAGGAAGGGGACAGCUGCCAUGACAUGGCAUGUUGCAUCUUCAUCCCACGAGUCAGGCUGCUUAUCGUCCAACAGUGAUGAUGACCCCAAAUCUCACUGCAGUCAAUAUCCCUCCCAGCAUGGGCCUCAGGUAGCAGAUCAUUCUGACAGACAUUUGGAUCUCUCUGAAAAUGAUUAUGCUAGUGAUGAGCCCAGUGAAGCUGAACACAUCUCCAUGAAAAAGAACAUCAGUUCCUCCUCAAGAAAACAAGAUAUUCUAGCACUCUCAAGACAGCAAAGUCUCUCCCUCAGCACAAGCAGCAGUGAUUCCAGCACUGGAGCUGUCAAGCUGAAAGGGAGCAAGGCUCACUCAUCUCUUCAGCAUUCUGCAUUUCAUCUCACAAAAUCCAAAAGGAGAGAGGAUGAACCUGAAUCAAAGGCCAGGCAUGUUACAAGCCUUGAUCUGCCAUCCUCAGCAGUGGUUUUUAGGAUUAAAGGAGCCCCUUCAGUGAAGCAAUCACAGAAUAAACUGCCUACAAAUGCGUUAGAAGAAACCCAGAACAUCCUUUCCAGAGGAUUAGAAACUGAUGUAUAUCAUGGAGGAACCCUUUCACUGACUAGAGCUGAAGAAGAACAGGACAAAGCAAUGCAUUUUCUCAGCAGAAUACGAAUGGACCAACUCAAAACUGUCAGGGACCAGGAGCUGACUCAUCCAUUGCAAUACAACAGAGAGCAAACUGACACAAAGGUGCAUAGCAAGUUCAAAGGAACAGCUAGAGUCACUGGAGAAAGUGUGAAAUCAGAGGAAAUACAAAUGUUAAAGCAACAGAUUACAGGACUGCAGGAGGAGUUCAGGAGAAAUGAGUCCUGCUGGCAUGCAGCCUAUGGCAAGCUAAGAGACCAGGUUGAGAUGCUGACUAGGCAGAACGUGGAGCUUCGAGAUGAGCUCAGAGGUUCAGAAGAGAAGAGGCUGAAAGCAGAAAGAAAAACAGGAACGGUGAAUCUCGUUGACAGAAAAUCAGAGACACCGGUUGCAGAAGCUAUCCUGCGAGAGACAGCAUCUUCGUCCACGCAAGAAGAGAGAUCAUGGAGAGAGAAGCACAAGAGCUGUAUCACCUCUCAUGUGGGGCCAAAGGCAGCUUUGCAGAAACACUACUUCAGAGAUAUUAAUAGCAAAGCAAUAAAAAGCUCUGUACAAAAGGCUGAUCCAUUGAGACUGGUAACAAAGGAACAUCAAGAAAAGAAACCAUCUCACUGCACCCUUGGCAGAAGCACAACGCCAACUGGCAGGAGAACACCUCACCAGGGAAGAGUGACACCUUUUGAAUCAGAAGAAGUUGUACAUCAACCCUCUCUUACUGGGAGAAGAACAGAUGAGAGGAAAUCACCUGGAGUUGGCUCACAUCUGAGUGUUUCUAAGGGGCAUAAGUCAUCAUCUUAUGAAAAAGGCACACCUUCACCCACUUCAAUUAUCUCAGAAGACACGUUCCUCUCAAAUAAGCCCAGCAAUAACACGUGCAGCUUUGUGCUCUGCAGUUACAGGGAGGAAACACAGGAAGAAGAGAUUCCUAAUCUUAAAAAGACAGAAAAAAUGUUAAAACCUCAGAAUAAAGUGGCUUUUGCAACGACCCAAAGGAGAAGUGGCAUAACUGCAUAUGAGAACAAAGUACUUACAAGCAGUUCUCCUACUCUUCUGGAUGCUGAAGCAAAGAUGCAGCCUCCAAAAUCAAUAUUAUCUAGACGGUCAAUGUUACAUCAAGAAAGAAGGAAAAAUGAGGACAUGGUGCAGGAAAAAAUAGAGCAUCGUGAUGGAAAGGUUGAAGAGGUGCUUACUGAUGGACGUCGAAUCAUCACUUUCUGCAAUGGUACUAAAAAAGAGAUCAGUGCUGAUAAAAAGAUGACAACAAUCAGCUUUUUCAAUGGAGAUGUAAAGAAGAUUAUGCCAGAUCAGAGAGUGAUUUAUUACUAUGCAGAUGCACAGACAACUCACACUGCUUAUCCAGGGGGCCUAGAGGUGCUGCAGUUCCCUAAUAAUCAGAUAGAAAAGCAUUAUCCUGAUGGCACACAAGAAAUUGUGUUCCCAGAUCACACAGUGAAAUGCCUCUAUAGUGAUGGAUUCGAGGAAACUUUUUUCCCAGAUGGUACAAUAGUAAAAGUAGAAAAGAAUGGAGAUAAACUAGUGGUAUUCAGUAAUGGCCAGAAGGAGUUUCACACUGCACAGUUCAAGAGGAGGGAGUAUCCAGAUGGAACCAUAAAGACUGUGUACUGCAAUGGCAGGCAAGAAACCAAGUAUUUGUCUGGACGGGUUCGAAUCAAAGAUGAAGAGGGUAAUAUCAUCCUAGAUAAGAAGUGAUUCCUCCCCUCAGUGGCUGCACCGUAUUGGACCAGACUGCCAAUGCAUCAGCGUUCAUAUUGCAGAUCAUCUUUGGAAGAAACAGAUUGAGCAGAGUAGAAAAUGUUGUUAGUAUUGAUCAUACUCAUGCUGUUGUUCACGAAUUUAAUUAUGAUGUUCUAAAUAUCCAAGAAGUUUGAUGUCAGAUGGUGUGGUAAUAAUAUUGUAUUAUUUUGCUUAUGCUUCGUUACAACAAAGGAACAAUUUUAAAUCUGUGCUCUUCGCUUCUGAAACACUUAAUACAUUUUAUAUGUUUUGUAAAAGGAAAGUCUAAUCAAAAGAAAUCAAAGAGAUCAUUCUUUUCCGUGUGUUUCACUAAGAAUUUCUGCUCAGUGUAACCUCUGAUUAAAACAAAUGUGUGUGGUUUUUUUGUCUUUUCAAUUGACCAUCAUAAAAACAGUAAAUAUGAUUAAUUCUCUCUUUCAGUUUGGUUAGGAAAAUUGAUGUUUCUAAGGCACAAGUGCUUUUAUUCUCAGGAAUUUUUUUUAACAAGGAGUGCAUAUUCUCCAGUUGUUAUGCUUACAUCCUGUUUGUUUCUAUAGUAAAAUACAAACUUACCUUAAAUUGUUGAUUGCCAUUCAUUUAUCUGCGCAUAUAAUCCUUUAUAAUUUUAAGUUCAAUAAGGAAUAAUUUUGUUUGUGAUCUGCUUGCCCUUUGGCUAAUUAAGCACUCUUGAUUCUAUUUGUAGGACAUGUUCUUCUUCUGGAAUAAAAGGCAUGCAGUCCUGUA